AUGGCAAAGAAACUGCACUACUUUGACGUGAAUGGUCUUGGAGAGUCCAUUAGGUACAUCCUGCACUAUGGAAAACAGAAGUUUGAAGAUGUUAGAUACGACUUCAAAAGCUGGCCAAUUAAAAGCGUGAAAGAUUCGCUACCUUACGGCCAGCUACCUCUUUAUGAAGAGGGCAAUCGCAGUUUAAACCAAUCUUUAGCCAUCGCCCGUUACGUUGGUAAUGUGAACAACUUAGUCCCCACCGACCCUUGGGAGCAAGCGGUUUUGGAUGCAGUGGUCUACAAUAUUUAUGAUUUUUGGUCAAAGGUGCUGCCAUACAUUAGAGAACAAGAUCCAGUCAAAAAGGAAGCCAUCAAAAAAGAAAUCUUGAGUGAAGUCGUCGACUUCUACUUCUCUAGAUUCGAGAAAGAGCUAAUGAACAACAAGGGAUUCUUUGGAGGAAAAUUAAGUUGGGCUGACUUUAUCUUCGUUGGUAUUUUGGAAGCCGCAAACCUAAUUUUGGGAGCGGAAAUCGACAAGAAAUACCCGCAAGCUGCAGCUCUGCUACAGAAGAUCAGGUCUCUACCUGGCGUCAAGGAGUACUUAGCAUCCAGGAAGCCCUACGUAUUU